GAGAGCAGAGCACGCUGUCCUGACUCACACAGCACCGAGGAGUCCCGGUGUGGUCAGCCGCACACAGGACCCGCACUAAGGACCACAGCGGCGGAAGGACACAGGCACCGCGGGACGCAUCACCUCCGACUGAAGUCAAGCAGAAAAAAGAGGGAAAAAAGAAAGAAAGGAAGAAAGAGCCAAUGUCCGGGCUGAAGAAGAGAAACUCCAACUCCUCCGUGGACAGAGAGGAGGACAAGCAGGUCACGGAGAGGAUGCUGUCCACGGCGGAGAAGGCGGCAGUUCCCCCGGGGACAGACGCCAACAACACCGGCACCGGCCCCGCCGCCGGGGCCAAGGCGGAGGAAGGGGUGGUCCUCCAGCGGACCAUCACCCUGGUCAACGGCGUGGCCAUCAUCGUGGGCACCAUCAUCGGCUCGGGCAUCUUCGUCACCCCCACCGGCGUGGUUCGGGAGGCCGGCUCCGUGGGCUUGUCCCUGAUCGUGUGGGCGGUGUGCGGGGUCUUCUCCACGGUGGGAGCCCUGUGCUACGCAGAGCUGGGGACCACCAUCUCCAAGUCCGGGGGGGACUACGCGUACAUCCUGGAGGUGUACGGCUCCCUGCCCGCCUUCCUCAAACUGUGGAUCGAGCUGCUCAUCAUCCGUCCCUCCUCUCAGUACAUCGUCGCCUACGUGUUCGCCACCUACAUCAUCAAGCCCCUGUUCCCGGUGUGUCUGGUCCCGGAGGUCCCGGCCAAGCUGGUGGCCUGCCUCUGCAUCCUCCUCUUGACAUUUGUCAACUGCUACAGUGUGAGGGCGGCCACCAGAGUGCAGGACUUUUUCGCGGCGGCAAAACUUCUGGCGCUGGCUCUCAUCAUCAUCAUCGGCUUCGUGAAGAUCGGCCUAGGUGGCACUGACCGUCUGCUUCCAGAAAAUGCCUUCGAGGGCUCUAAGUAUGAGUUUGGCAGCAUCGGCCUGGCGCUGUACAGUGGUCUGUUCGCCUACGGAGGCUGGAACUACUUGAAUUUUGUAACGGAGGAAAUGAUCGAACCAUACAAAAACCUUCCUCGUGCCAUCAUCAUCUCCCUGCCCAUCGUGGCCAUCGUGUACGUCCUCACCAACCUGGCGUAUUUCACCACCCUGUCCCCAGACCAGAUGCUCAACUCAGAGGCAGUGGCUGUGGAUUUUGGAAACUGUUACCUGGGUCCAAUGUCCUGGAUCAUCCCUGUGUUUGUGGGUCUGUCCUGCUUCGGAUCCGUCAACGGUUCCCUGUUCACAUCAUCCAGGUUGUUCUUUGUCGGGGCUCGUGAAGGUCACCUUCCCAGUCUGCUGUCCAUGAUCCACCCCACUCUGCUGACUCCACUGCCUUCACUCAUAUUCACUUGUGUGAUGACACUGCUCUACGCCUUCUCCAACGACAUCUUCUCCGUCAUAAACUUCUUCAGCUUCUUCAACUGGCUCUGCAUUGCCAUGGCGAUCCUUGGGAUGAUGUGGUUACGUUAUAAGAAACCUGAGAUGGAGCGACCGAUUAAGGUGAACAUCCUUCUGCCCAUCAGUUUUGUGCUGGCCUGCCUCUUCCUCAUCGUCGUCUCCAUCUGGAAGACUCCAAAGGAAUGUGCGAUCGGCUUUGGCAUCAUCGGCACAGGAAUCCCCGUCUACAUGGUCGGAGUGUGGUGGAAGAACAAACCGAAAUGGAUGCUCAACGGAAUCUUCACGACCACAGCCGUGUGUCAGAAGGUGAUGCAGGUGGUGCCUCAGGAGUCCUAAGUCAGCCCUUUGUGUUUGGUAACGACAGCCGGCGGCCAAUCAGAAAGCACCACCAGGGACCUCUGAGCUCUGACAUCACAGCCCGUCAAAUGGAACAAUGACCUCUGUCCCCACUCUGCCUCACCUACACACACAUACACACACACACACACACACACACACACACACACAGGCUUUCUGAUCCAGACCUGACGCAGACGUGCAGAUGCAGGCAUCAUCGCAGCCUCCUGCAUCCGGACCGCCGCUCGCUCUCUGCGUCGCUGCCAUUUUGGACUUGUCCUGUAUUUGACUCCUUCUUAGUUUCUAACUCUCCUUUGUAGCUUCGUCACGGAUUCUCGUUGUGUUUUCUCCCGUGCCGAUCAGUGACUUAUUUUACUGUAUAUUUUUGUGAAUAAGUUCACGAGGAACGUCCCGUCAUCAGAUCCUGUCGUGUUUAUCGAGUUGUGCCUUAACGUGACGGAUGAAGUCAAUACGUUGGCGAUGCGGCAGAUGUUUUACAUGCACACGAAUAUUCCACUGUUAUUCUGAAUUCGACUGGGGUUUCGUAUGCGUCUUAUUCUGUUUAGAUGUUCUUCAGGAGUUUUUCCGAAUGGUGAGCGAGAUGCGUAUGCUGAGGCCCGUAUACGAUAAUCAGAUAUGAGACUUUAUGACUCCGCCCCCUGAAGGAGAGGUAAGGGGUUUGGUUUUGGUUCAGUUUGUUUGUUAACACUAAACUAUUGGUUGAAUUCAAACCCGAUUGGGUUUGUAGGUUUCCUGUGACCCAAAAAAGAUGUCAUUACAUUUUGGGAAAAGUAGGUCAAAGUUCACAUUUUUUUGAAAUUUUCA